AUGAACUUCUUAUCAGCGAAUAUCAGGGGGGCGGGUGACUUCAGUAAAGCGGAGCACAUAAGGAAUCUCAAAAAGAAAAAUAAACUCGGCUUUAUUGCUAUUCAAGAAACACAGGUGUCGAAUUCUCUGAACUUACAGGUCAGUGACUUUUGGGAUAAUACUGUCUUUGAUUAUGAAUCUAUAGAAGCUUCGGGGAGAUCGGGUGGUCUUUUAAGCAUUUGGGAUCCAGGUCUUUUUGUUAAGAAGUCAACAAAAAAACAAUUAUGGGAUGAUCUACUUGUCCUGAUGGGUUCAUUCUCGGGUCCUUGGAUCUUUCUGGGUGACUUUAACUGCGUCAGGAUCCCCACCGAAAGAAAGAACUCUAAAUACAACAAACAAGAGGCGGAGGAUUUUAACAUGUUUAUCAAUACAGCGGGCCUGGUGGAAUAUACAAUGUUGGGUUGUGCUUUUACAUAUGUGACUGACGAUGGAAUUAAAUUCAGUAAAAUUGACCGAGUCUUGGUCUGUCAGUCAUUCCUUUCUUUAUGGCCGUCGGCGAAAUUAUGGGGUUUAGCGAGAUUCAAAUCAGAUCACAGACCACUGAUUUUGUUAUGCUCAGAUGUGUUCUUCGGUAAAGCUCCCUUUCGUUUUUUCAAUUCUUGGUUAAAGGAAGAGGGUCUUGCGGAUGUCGUCAGAAAAGCAUAUGAGGGGGUCACAAAUUCUGAACCACCUGACAAAUUGCUUGCUGCAAAACUGAAAGCAGUUAAAGUCGCAUUGAAACCUUGGGGUGAAAAGCUAAAGAAGAGAGAUAACUUACUAUUACGGGAGCUUCAAAAGAAGGUAGAGGUUUUGGAUCUAAAAGCUGAAUCGGCUACAUUAACAGAGCAGGAGUUAAGUGAUAGAGACUCAUGGCUGAAAACGAUAAACGAGUUGGACGAGAAUAGAAUGGAUGACCUAAAAAAAAGGGCAAAAGUUAAAUGGGCAGUAGACGGGGAUGAGAAUACGUCAUUUUUUCAUGGCGUGAUCAAUGGUCACAGGAAAAACAACAGAAUCAACGGGCUGGAAUUUGAUGGUGUAUGGGUUUCGCAACCGGAGGAUCUUAAGAAGAGCAUUAAAAUGUAUUAUGAAUCGAUUUUUACUGAGCAAAUGUAUGAUAGGCCGAAAUUCAUAAACAAUGGUUUUAAAGUCCUAUCCUUAGAUCAAUCUGCCAUGCUUGUGAAAAGAUUUUCAAAGGAGGAAAUUAAGGAUACAGUUUGGAAUUGUGGUGGAGACAAGACACCGGGUCUAGAUGGUCUUACUUUCAGCUCUAUGGAGGAAGUGGGUCAUGGGUGUGCUAAGUACGGCUCGAACAUCGGUCUUAGUCAACGGAUCUCCAACAACGGAAUUUGA